GCCACAUGUUAUCCGAGACUGCUCAGGUCAGAAAGUUAGAGUUCAUAAACACCGAAAGCGAAAUCUAUCAACACUGGCGGGAGGUUGCUGAAAUACCUCUCACCGACUGCUCACUCACGUACAUUUCGGUCAGGCUCCCAGCACUGUCAGGGCUGGCUAGUCGGUUCUCGCUGCGACUCAGCGACAGUUACGCGGCCGGAAUCUGGCGACGUGAUAUUCAUGCCAGCCUCUCGUGGAAUGUCGCGCACCGCGACGGGUUCGAUCCGAAGUUCCCGCAUCUUCCCCUAUGCUCAUACCUGGAGUCCGCUAAGCGAGAGUAUCUCAAGACUCUCCCUUCCCGGUCUUGGCUUUAAACCGGCUGCAGAAUCUCCUUCGAAAGCAGGUCCAGCGAACCAGGAAGGAUGCAGUCCGACCUUCAGGUCAGCCCUACCGAGACCGGUCCCCCGGGAACCAAUUCGUCCAGUAACGUCAGCGGUGGCUUACCGAAGGUCAACGGUCAGAUGAGGGAUUGCAUUCUACGCGCUAACUCGCGAAAUCAGAACCGGUACAAGGGCGUAUAUGACCGGGAAUCAACUGCCAAGGUGGCCGAUUCACUUGCGGAUUGCUAGCGUAUACAGGAUCUUCGUGUCACACGGGGAUGGAACCAUGCUCCAAUAAUCAGGUCAUAAGAAGGUUAGGAGGAUAAUAUCGGGCAUUAAGGUUACCGGUUCGGCGACCUACCAAGGAAAGUCCUAAAUAAGCCACGGAUAGCUUCGG